AUGAUCAUGAGUGGCUUCGAUCUGCCGCUGGAGCAGGGCGGCGCUCCGAAGGAACUCCGUGCGAAGUACCGCGCUUUGCUGGCGCGCGCCGUGUCCGAGGGGCACGAGCUGGGGAACCACCUUCAGUUCGACCGGCCAGCGAUCGCCAUGCCGCCCGAGGACUUCGACAGCGCCUUCGACCACUGCGACCGCCUCAUUGCAGAGCUCAGUGGAGGCUUGGGCCGGCUUUGGACACCAGUGCAGGUUUUUCUGACCUCGGCGUACCAUGGGCAUCCUUCCCCAGUAGAUCCCAGUUACUAUAUAAGGAACCAGCGUUCCUACCAGCACCUCCAAAGCGGUCACCUGGCUGGUUUCGCCCCAGCCCACUACUAUCCGAGAUCUCCAUACUGGAACACCCCGAAAGAAGGUCCAGGUACGGUGAUGGUUUGA